GGAAGAUGUUGGAUCUGUUCAAGAAAAUUUUAACAAUUUUUAUGCAAAAGCAUAAAUGAAAUAGCCGACAAAAUACCAAAAGUUGCACCGACAUUUCAAGAAUUGCCACAGUUAAGUGAUGGUCUGUCAAGCUUCAACACUAUAAGCAUUGAUCAACUUAGAAAAAGGGUAAUGGAACUUAAAAACAAGUCAACAGCGGAUGAUAUUUGUAAUGUUAAGUUUUUGAAAACGGUUUUUUGUGUACUCGGAUACCCUUUGCUUCACUUGAUCAAUGCAUCCCUUACAACAGGAAAAGUUCCAAAAGCAAUAAAAACCAGUGUUAUACAGGUGCCUAUUCCAAAAGUGUCCACACCAAAUAAACCAGCACAAUACCGACCCAUUAACUUGUUAUCAGUGAUAGACAAAAUCUUGGAAACCGUGGUUUGUGCGCAGUUACGGGAGUUUCUGGAGGCAAGAAAACUGUUGUUUAAGGGACAGUCGGGAUUUCGAGAAAAACAACAAAUGGCGUUCAUACAUUCAUGACGGGGGAAUAUUGUGUUAUGUGUAUUCAUCGACCUUCAACGUGCAUUUGAGACUAUUGAUAGGAAAAGACUGAUCCAGAAAUUGCAGACCUAUGGGAUUACAGACAGUGGCACUAAAAUGGUUUAUGAACUACUUGAAAGACCG